AGACAUUUGAAAACCAUGAAUGCAUAUGGGAAGAAAAUGGUAGGUUUUGGUAUUUCUAGGUAUUAUAUUAGUUAAAAUCAAAUGUGUCUGGAUCACCGAUUGGAGAUUUGCGAAUCGCCAUUUGUUGAAGCUUGAACAUGGUCAAAGUUCAACCCACAAAUUAAUUAACCCACCAUGCCAACAACUUCCUUCUGCCGUAACCCAUCAAAUCUUCAACUUUGCUUCCUCCUCACUUGAAUGUUGUUGAAAUUAGCAAGCACCCACUUGCCGAUCGUUUCGCACAAAUCGGAAUUGGUUUACAAUUCCUUAAACGUUUAAUCUCGCUGAAGACAUCUAUAUCGGUUUAGUGUUUUGAUUCAUUACAUAUAGGACAAAUGAAGUCAUCACUGGGGAAGCUCGGGCGGAAAUUAUCGUUACAGAAGAGCGAUGUGAAGGAGGUGAGGGAUCAUCAGCCUUCCGCCCAUAUAGAUGAGCUUGCUCAGGCUACCAAGGAUAUGCAAGAUAUGAGAAACUGCUAUGAUGGUUUAUUAUCUGCAGCGGCUGCAACAGCAAAUAGUAUAUACGAAUUUUCGGAGUCACUAAAUGAAAUGGGGAGCUGUUUGCUGGGGAAAACCGGUGCAGAUGCUGAUGAUGAAAGUGGAAAAAUGUUAUCAACUUUAGGGGAUAUGCAAUUGGAACUUCAGAAAAUUGCUGAUACUUAUCGAUCUGAUGUGGUUGUGACAAUUACUAACCCAUCAGAGUCUCUCCUUAGUGAGCUAAGGAAAGUGGAGGAAAUGAAACUUCAAUGUGAUGAAAAAAGGGAGGUUUAUGAAUACAUGAUGGCACAACAUAAAGAGAAGGGGAAACAGAGAAAUGGAAAAGUUGAACAAAAAUUAAGAGAAGCUCAAGAGGAAUUUGAUGAAGUGACUAGACUUUGUGUUUUUAGGGUGAAAUCUCUUAAAGAAGGACAAUGUCGAAGUCUUUUAACACAAGCUGCUCGCCAUCAUGCCGCACAGUUGCAUUUUUUUCGCAAGGGACUUAAAGUUCUAGAAGCAGUGGAACCUUCCAUAAGAAAUGUUGCAGAAAAACAUCGAAUUGAUUACCAAAUCACAGGAGGUGAAGGUGAACCAAUGAGUGGAGGAUAUGAAAGCACAGAUGAUGGAGAAUUGAGUUUUGAUUAUAACAAACAAAAGAAACAGCUGCUUGAUGAUGAUGAUGGCAGCUCCCCAAAUCCAAUGGAGCUGGACCAAGUGGAUGUUCCAUAUCUAGAAGAUUCAGAAAUUUAUCGGAAUAAACAUAAAGGGGAGCAGCUUUUUGGAAGGCAAACUAGAGUAAGCAGCUAUUCCGCCCCACUAUUCCCAGAUAAAAUCGACACAUCAGAAAAACCAAAAGGAACACAACCCCCAAGGAAAUUUUACUCUUAUGUCCUUCCUCCUCCCACUGUAGACACCCGGAAUCUAAUUUCAAAACCCUCCACCUCCUCCAUUUCUCAUUCCAUUCCAUUCCAGCCAAUUCCAGUGGAAACCGAUUCCAAUUCCGGUUAUUCCGCCACCCAACUACCCGCCCCAGCCCCUUCUACCGGAAGAUUUUCAGACUCCCAAACCAAAGCCGAGGGUAACAUAGUCAAAAGACAAUCCUAUUCUGGUCCAUUACCGCCAAGUAAACAAUUUUCAUUCAAAAUCGCGUCCACUAGCGGCCCGAUUACCUCCGAGCUUCCACAACCGCCAUCACGGAUUCCGGUGUCUCAGCCGUCUCGGAGUGCCUCACCGCCGCCAAUAUCUUCGCCUAAAAUAAGUGAGCUUCAUGAGCUUCCAAGGCCGCCGAGUAAUUUACCCUUUUCAAAGUCGGUUGUUAUUUCUGGUAUUAAUUUGAGUAGACAUUCGGCGCCUUUGUAUUCGAAGAAUCAAGAAAUCUCUCCACCAAAUAAACGGGCUAUGCUAACAUCAAUUUCUGCAUCUCCUCUUCCACUUCCACCUCAGGUUGUUCCUCGAAGCUUUUCCAUACCCUCCAAGGGAAAUGACGUAAAUACCCUUGGGUAGAAACAAGAAUAGCUUGUCUUUGAGUCGUUGCUCAAAACCCGUUUUGAGCAUUCAGAUUUGAAGCAGCUAUCAAAGUAGGAUAAAAUAGGAGGGUAUCAUAUCAACUAUCAAGGGUAGUUUCCAAAAUGAACGAGGGCAUUUUCGGCAUAAAAUCAAAAUCCCAAAAGUUAAGAUUUGGAUUUUGGUGUGGGAUUUAGGGUUUUAUGAUUUGGUUCUUUGUGGAUGCAGGUUGAGUUUAAAGCUGAUUUCCCGAGUUAUUCUUUGAGUAGAAAGGUCUGUAAGCUAUAACAUAUAAAUAUUGUGGAUUUUGGUCGUGAGAAAUUUUUUUAUUUAGUUCACACGUAGUCGUUUCA